AUGAGUAGGCUCUCAUUUCGUCCACGACCAUUAGACAUUCACAAGAAGCUUCCGAUUCUGAAAUCGUUUAAAGACUUUGAAGAUGACGAAACACCAACUUCCACUACUAGAAAUUCUCAGUUGCUUCGUAUAGCUUCUUCAGAGGUUGAUAAUGAGGUGCAUCCAGUUCCAAGCAAGAAAUUUGUUUCGGAAAUACCAACACCUCAGUUUGUUAUUGUGGAUACAUAUGAAAGGGAUUAUUCGCCGACUUUUGGUCAACCUACUUCUUAUCUACGCGCAAGAGGAGCUCGGUCUGAGCUUGGAGAGUUUGUGGAGUAUGAUCUUGACAAUGAGGAUGAUGACUGGCUUUAUGAGUUUGAUAAGGAUAACAAGGAACUUUCACCUGAAAAGCUUGAGAGCAUUAUUUUUAAGCUAGAGGUGUUGGAUCACAAGACUCGGGAAAGAGCUGGAGUUAUUACACCUACCCUUGGUUCUCCGGUUCCUGUGCUUUUGCAGCUUGAUGCUGCUAUUGAUGCGCUGCAAUCAUUGUCCAUUAAUUAUGGUGUCUUCCAGGCUAUCUUCAACUACUGGAAAGACAAGCGCAAAAGAUGGCAGAAGCCUAUCCUGCGGCGUUUACAGCCUCCUCCACCUGUCAAUGACACCAAUCCCUACAAUGUGUUUAGGCCAAGGGAGAAAGUUCAUAGACUCCACACAAGAAGGAUGCAGAGGAGAGAAAACAAUGUGCAGUCAUUUGAAAAGCUUCGGCAGGUUAGACGCAAUCUUGACCAAGCGAAGACCAUUCUGGAGGCUCUCAUUAAGAGAGAAGAAAAGAAGAGGGAUGUCAUGGACAGUGAGGUUAGCCUUCAGAGAAUGCAACUCCAAUACAGGCAUGAAACAGAGCUCUUGGAAGAUAGCUUGGCUCUGCCUGGAUUUCCACCAAGUACAACAUCUUACAGAUUUGGUUCAAGCGACGAGGAGUUCAUGGACUCGGAUGACCACACUAGCACCCGUGUCCGCACAAGACCUUCCAUUAUCCCUAAUCCUCGUUUCACCAACUCAAAUCUGAAUGCAUCUCACCCUGGAGGCAUCAAACAAGAAGUUAGAAGACGACACUCGAAUCAAGGAUGGCUUCACAGACUGGAUCCUAAUGAACCGGUCAUGCUGUUCACAAAACCGCUGGUUCCCGAGAAACUAGCAGCUGCAGGGAUCAUUCCUCCAGCACCGGACUCAUCGUCUGGUCAACCUCCAAGUCGGUUUCAGGGGAGGAUUGGGCGUGGUGGCCGGAUAAUUUUCGAUAGAUGGAAUCCUUUAAUGCAGUCUCACAUUAAUUGCGGAAACUCUUUCUACAUUGCGCCGAAACACUGA